AAUGAUAAACUGGAAAAAAAACUCACUAUUUUAUCCUCUCCCGACAGCUCUCGGAGCCGUGUAGCUUCACCUCCAAAGCCGGAGCCCAAAACACCUGCAUCAAUAUUCUCUCUCUCACUCUACUCGCAGAGCAAUGGCGUCGACCACUGCUUUCACGGCUAAGAUUUCCAACUUGAACGGAGCGACUGACUGGAAAAGGCCUUCCUCGACGUCGCUUUCCUUCUGUAGGAAUUGUGGUUUUCUUCAGUUCCAGUUGGGUAAUAAGGCUUUGUUGCAUGGUAAAGCAAGCAUUUUUUCUCCUAAAUCAGGAUCUUUCAUGUUCUUUAACCAUGCAAAAUCGCAAUUUCUGAAACUUAAUCCAGAUCCACCUCUUGGUUCGCUGAAGAAUGGUGACUGUAAACUCAAACUUCUGUUGAAGUUUAAAACACCCUCACGGAUUUUUUGCCAAUCCAAUUCUUUUGUGGUCAAGAGCAAUCAUCCCCAAAAUGCUGAUUUGCCUCGAUACAAAUCAAAGAAUGAGAGAAAGCCCUUUCCAGUACCCAUUAUAGAGUUGAGACGAGCUGCCAGGGAGAGGCUUAAGAGGAAAAAGGGUCAACAUGUGCCAAUCUUACCUCCAAAGAGGGGGUUGCUGGUGAAAAGCCUCAUACCGCUUGCUUAUGAUGUGUUCAAUGCAAGAGUUACACUGAUUAACAAUCUCAAGAAGCUCUUGAAAGCUGUGCCCGUGCAUGCUUGCAAGUGGUGUGAAGAUAUUCAUGUGGGACCUAUUGGGCAUACAUUCAAGUCAUGCAGUGGCCAAAGAUCCUCAGAUCGCAAAGGCAUGCAUGAGUGGACAAAGGCAGUAGUUGAAGACAUAUUUUUGCCACUAGAAGCCUACCACCUCUUUGACCGUCUUGGAAAGCGUAUUACGCAUAAUGAGAGAUUCGCCAUUCCCCGGAUUGCAGCACUAGUUGAGCUGUGCAUCCAAGCUGGGGUUGAUCUUCCUGAAUUCCCCACAAAGAGAAGAAGAAAACCAAUCAUCCGUAUUCGGAAAAAUGAGUUCGUUGAUGCAGAUGAAAGCGAACUGCCUGAUCCAGAACCUGCAGUACCUAAGAUGCCAAUAUUAACUGAAAUACCAGAUUCAGAAAUAGUAGCCCCAUCUAAUACUGAAGAAACAGCUUUGCUUGCUGAGGAAACACUUGAAGCUUGGGAGACAACGAGGAGAGGAACUAAGAGGCUGAUGAAGAUGUAUCCUGUGAGGGUUUGUGGGUAUUGCCCAGAUGUGCACGUAGGUGCCUCCGGGCACAAGGCACAGAAUUGUGGUGCACGCAAGCAUCAGCAGAGGAAUGGGCAGCAUGCUUGGCAGUCGGCGGUGCUCGAUGACUUGAUACCCCCAAGGUAUGUGUGGCACCUUCCUGAUGUGGAUGGGCCACCAUUGCAAUGGGAGCUUAGGAGCUUCUAUGGUAAGGCCCCUGCAGUGGUGGAAAUCUGUAUGCAGGCUGGAGCAGCCGUUCCAGAGCAGUACAAACCUACCAUGCGGUUGGAUGUGGGGAUUCCAGUCGACGUCCGAGAAGCAGAAAUGGUAGUUUGAGGUUUAAUUUGAGGUUUUCUCUUCUUUCAUUUCCCAAGAAAAAAGAAAGAAGAAACAUUGCAGCUGUAAUGUAAAAAGUGUAUGUUGAAUAUUUAAAAUCAAUACAAUUCUUUUCCACAGUGGGAUUCUCCCACUGCUUCCC